AAGAACCAGAACAUCCCUGGAAAAAAGAGGAAACCAUGGAGCUCCCCAUAGACCACCUUCAGGAUUAUGUUGGAAAAGAGGAGGAUUUCUCUGACCAGCAGCUCUGUGAACAGGAGAGGAAUUCCAGUUUGAAGCAAGAGGAACCAGACGCCUUGCAGAUAAAAGAAGAGCAGAAGGAACCAGAACAUUCCUGGACAAAAGAGAAAACCAUGAAACUCCCCAAAAGUGAGCAUAAGGAGCAGCUUGUUCUGAAGCAGGAGUCUGAAGAUAUAGGAGAGAAACCUUUCCCAUGCUUAACAUUGGGAGAAAACUUUAUAGAAAAAGAACAUUUAAUGGAUAAUAUCAGAAUUCACACAGGUGAGAAGUCUUUUGAAUGUCUGUCCUGUGGAAAAACCUUCACCUCUAAUUCAGAUCUUGAUAAAGACUUCAGAAUUCACACAAAUGAGAAACCUUUUUCUUGUAUGAUUUGUGGCAAAAGUUUUAAUUUUAAAAGUCAUUUGACUAAACACAUGAGAAUUCACACAGGUAAGAAGCCUUUCUCCUGUACCAUUUGCAGCAAGACUUUCACUGAAAAGGGUAAUUUGACUUCUCACAUCAAAAUUCACACAGGUGAGAAACCUUUCUCCUGUACCAUUUGUAAAAAGGAUUUUACUGAAAAGGCUAGUUUGACUUCUCACAUAAGAAUUCACACAGGUGAGAAACCUUUUUCCUGUCCCAUUUGUAAAAAGAAUUUCACUGAAAAGGGUAGUUUGACUUCUCACAUGAGAAUUCACACAGGUGAGAAACCUUUCUCCUGUACCAUUUGUAAAAAGAAUUUCACUGAAAAGGGUAAUUUGACUUCUCACAUGAGAAUUCACACAGGUGAGAAACCUUUUUCCUGUACCAUUUGUAAAAAGAAUUUCACUGAAAAGGGUAAUUUGACUUCUCACAUGAGAAUUCACACAGGUGAGAAACCUUUCUCCUGUACCAUUUGCAACAAGACUUUCACUGAAAAGGGUAAUUUGACUUCUCACAUCAAAAUUCACACAGGUGAGAAACCUUUCUCCUGUACCAUUUGUAAAAAGAAUUUUACUGAAAAGGGUAGUUUGACUUCUCACAUGAGAAGUCACACAGGUGAGAAACCUUUCUCCUGUCCCAUCUGUAACAACAAGUUUACUAAAAGGAGUAAUUUGACUUCUCACAUGAGAAUUCACACAUUUGAGGAUCCUUUUUCUUGUACGGUUUGUAAAAAAAAAUUUACUGAAAAGGGUAGUUUGGCUUCUCACAUGAGAAUUCACACAGGUGAGAAGCCUUUUUCCUGUGCCAUUUGUAAAAAGAAUUUUACUGAAAAGAGUAGUUUGAAUCGUCACAUGAGAAUUCACACUGGUGAAAAGCCUUUUUCCUGUACCAUUUGUAACAAUAAUUUUACUGAAAAGAGUAGUUUGACUCGCCAUAUCAGAAUUCACACAGGUGAGAAGCCUUUUGAAUGUCUAUCCUGUGGAAAAAGCUUCACCUCUAAGUCUGAUCUUGAUAAACACAUCAGAAUUCACACUGGUGAGAAACCUUUUUCCUGCAUGGUUUGUGGAAAAAGUUUUACUCAUGAAUUUAAUUUGACUAGACACAGUAGAACUCACACAGGUGAGAAACCUUUUUCCUGUACGAGAUGUGACAAGAAUUUUACUGAUAAAAGUAGUUUGACUUCUCACAUGAGAAUUCACACAGGCGAGAAGCCUUUUGAAUGUCUGUCCUGUGGAAAAAGCUUCAUUCAGAAAUCUCAACUUGAUAGACAUAUUAGAAUUCACACAGGUGAGAAGCUGUUCUCCUGAAUGAUUUGUGACAAAGGUUUUAAAUGAGAAAGUAAUUUGAGUAUUCAGAUGACAAUUAUUCAUGCAUGAUCUGUAAUGAUUUAUAUAAAAAGAAACACUGAUUUCACAUAAGUUACAGCAGGUAGACACCACAGGAAUGAAGAGCAGAAGCGUUUUGCAUGUUUGACUGGUGAUAAUUUCUUCAUCUAUAAACUGCUUCACGCCAUUGCAUGAGAAACUCACAGGUUAAUGGUGUUUUUUGAACACUGUUAAUUAAUGGCUUUUUUGAUGAAGCCAUUAAUUAACAGCUAUGUUUACAUAGAAAAUAGAACAUAUAAGGUGUUAUAAUGUAAACCUGGUAAAUAUUCACAUCCUGGGUGAAUAUGUGGAUGUGAACAUUUAAAAGUUAAUUAUUUUGGGCCUGAAUAAAUUAGAUUUAAAUGGCUGUAAAAAAAAAAAAAGAAUGUCGCCUUAGCAAAAAAUAGAUGCUUAAAUUCACAGCUUCUUACUUUUUUUGGAAUGAAGUGAUCAAACAUAAUAAAGUGGAACAACAACAUCUUGGUUACAGAUGAAGCAAGUUUGCUGUCCAUAGAACAAGCAAUUGAGAAGUUAUAGAUGUUUAAAUUGAAAAACAAUCCAGAAGGACCCCUGCUGUGCCAUUUUGGUAUGAUGUGGCACGAUUUCUUCUGAAUGAAUUUAUUCAACAACAAAAAAAAAAACUCAGACG